GUGUAGGAGUGGGUUAAAUAUUGUGAAAGUGAUCUCCAAGUCUGAGCUGAAAAAACAGGAAUAGUAUCUGUAUGCCUCCUGCAGAGGUCUGGUAGAAGAGGGCAUUUCUCUCUCUCCCAAGAGCAGGAAAAGUUGAUCUAGAGAAAGGAACUGACUUUUUUUCUUCAAAAGUCGUAAGAGUCCAUCCUGCCACUGUGCCAUCAUUCGUAAAUACUUUUUUGGCUCAUUUUAGCGCAAUAUUAGUUGGAUUAGGACUAUUGGAACAGACAUGGUAGCCGCUUAAAAAUUUGUUGCAGUGUAAAAUCUGUAACGCUGUGGUUAAACCCCAUUGUCACCGUACCUCCACUUCUAGCUGCAGAAAGGUGGUAAGCUGGGUUUAACCCAGAAAAAGAAGUAAGAGUGAGGCUGACAUGUCACAUGGCAGUGGCAGCUUGUGUUUGGUUGUGCUUGGAAAACACAUAUAAUCCCUGCCAGGCUUCCUUAGCCUGCCUUUGAUUUCCCUGUAACAAGAAGCAAAGUUGGAGGGCUGAAUCUGGACUGCAGCUGUCACGACAACAGAGAUCUUAUGAUGCCUAUAAGAAAAGAAGAGGAGAUGGAAAAUGAUACGUUAACAGAACAUUAAAAAUGUUCAGAUUCAAUGGCAAAUAUAAGCAGUUGUCCCAAUACUUGAUGCACAUUUUUCUGGAUAUCAUGGAUCUGCUGGAAUUUAGCCUGCAAAGCAUUUUCAAAAAGUAACAUUUGUCUCCUAAGCUUUGGUCUUUUUCGUUGGUUCCAGUCAUGGCCAGCAAAAGGAAAUCUACAACACCUUGUAUGAUACCACCAAAAACACUUGCCUUGCAGCACAUGCCAUCAGCCUCUGAAGGAGCUGAUCAUGAAGAAGUUCAACCAUCUGGUACUCCUAUCACUUUGCCUACUAGUGAUAAUGUUGUUAAUAGUAAUCACAACAGUGCAACGUUGUCUAACGGGCAUAGCGGUAUUGUCGAUGGUGAUACUUACAGAUGUAAGUUUUGCAGUUUUGGGUCUCAAGAUGUUAAUCACUUUCUCGGGCACUUGGAUUCUGAGCACAGAGACUUUAGCAAGGACCCCUCCUUUGUGUGUGUGCAGUGCAGCUUCCUGGCAAAGAGCCACAAAGUGCUUUCUCAUCACAAUGCAGAGCGCCAUGCAGAAGAAGCCAGUUUCAUCUGGAAUGUGGUGAAGCAAGGCAAUCACAUGAUUGUAGAACAAACCAAUGGAGACCCCACUGCCUGCCAAGACCUUCUGGGGGAUCUACCUGAGGAAGGACAAGACGGUCAAGCUGAAAUCAUCAUUACUAAAACACCCAUCAUGAAGAUAAUGAAGACGAAACCUGAAGUUAAAAAAAUUCACAUGCUGAAAGAAAAUGCCUCUAGUAAGCUAGCUAGUGACUUGGAGAAAAAAGGUGGUGAGCAGCCCUUCACCAAUGGGCCUGUGCCAGUGAGCCAGUCAACAAACAGCACUGUCAAAUCCGCACAUGUUGUCAAUGGCUCUAUAAUAGGAAAUAUGCCUGUUUUGCAGGCAGGCAUCACCCAACUUGUGCAAUUGCAGCAGCAGCCACAAGUUCACCCGCAACUUCCCACUUCAAAAUCCCUUCCCAAGGUAAUGAUUCCCUUAAGUAGUAUUCCGACAUACAAUGCAGCAAUGGAUUCCAACAGCUUUCUGAAAAACUCCUUCCAUAAGUUCCCUUACCCCACCAAAGCUGAACUUUGCUACUUGACUGUUGUGACCAAGUACCCAGAAGAACAGCUGAAGAUCUGGUUCACAGCCCAGAGGUUGAAACAAGGUAUCAGUUGGUCGCCGGAGGAAAUAGAAGAUGCACGGAAAAAAAUGUUUAAUACUGUGAUUCAGUCUGUACCCCAAUCCACUAUUACAGUGUUGAAUACGCCUCUAGUUACAAGCCCUGGCAACGUUCAGCAUCUCAUUCAGGCCAGUCUGCCUGGCCAUUCGGUUGGGAAACCUGAAGGAGCCAGUGGUGUGCUGGUCACCCAACCAAUAAUAGCAAACGGACUUCAGGGAACAACCUCAUCUCUUGCAAUUGCAGUCACCUCAAUUCCAAAGACCCAGAUAGCUAAGCCACCCACCAGCGUGUCCCUAUCUAGUACUGCAUCAACUCUGAAAGUGGUCAGUACUGCUCAGUCGCAGCUCACUGCCUGUCCAAACCUAUCUUCACAGUUUCUAGAUCCUAACAUAUACAAGAAUAAGAAGUCUUAUGAACAGCUGUCUGCACUAAAGAACAGUUUUUGUAGGAAUCAGUUCCCUGGUCAUGCCGAAGUUGAGCGGCUGACGAAAAUUACGGGCCUCAGUACAAGGGAUGUUCGAAAAUGGUUUAGUGAUAGGAGAUACCAUUGUAGGAACAUAAGAGGCAGCAAGGUUAUGCAGCCUGGCGACAAUACCAUAAUAAUUGAUUCAGUACCUGAAAUUACCUUCACUUCAUCUCCUAAAACAGCCACAGAGCUAAUCUCCGCAUCAGCAGCUGCGCCUGUGGUUCAUACCCCAACACGCCGGCAGUCCUGGCAUCAGACGCCCGACUUCUCCGCCACAAAAUAUAAGGAGAGGGCCCCUGAACAAGUGAAAGCUUUGGAAAGCAGCUUUGCACAGAAUCCCCUUCCUCCCAGUGAGGAAGUGGACCGUUUGAGGAGUGAAACCAAAAUGACAAGGAGAGAGAUUGACAGCUGGUUCUCUGAGCGGAGGAAGAGACAAGCUAUCAGAGAAUCAGAGCCACAAGCAGAUGACCAUGUUGAAGACGACUCUGUGGAAGAGGACUCCUCUUCGGAUGACCUGAGAGCUUCAAGUGAAAAUGGUUCAUUGGACGCAGCCAGCAGCAAUCAACUGUCAGGUGAGCGCAAAGUGACCCCUAUAAAAAUCAAUCUUAAGAACUUUAAGGUCACGGAGUCGAAUGGCAAAAGCCAGUUGCCAGGCAUGAGUGCAGAUGGUCAGAGAGAGAGCUCUCCUAGCAGGCCGCCAAUGCCCCAGAAACCCAAACUUAGCUUUAAAAAGACUGCUCAGCAGAGACAUUUGCUUAAACAGCUGUUUGUGCACACCCAGAGGCCUACAAAUGAACAAUAUGACCAAAUAUGUUCUCAGACUGGCCUUCCCAGGGCAGAAGUGAUUCGCUGGUUUGGUGAUAGCCGCUAUGGGUUGAAGAAUGGAAAUUUGAGGUGGUUUGAGAACUACAAGCAUGGCAUCUUUCCUAAAGGCUUGGUGAUCUCCGGUGAAGCUGGCAGGGAGGUCCUCCAGGACUAUUUCCAAAAGAACAAGAUGCUUUAUGAAGAUGACCUCCCAGCUUUGUGUGAGAAAACCCAGAUGACCAUUCCACAGGUCAGGCUAUGGUUUGCUGAAAGGUUGGAUGAAGAAAACAGGGCAAUAUCGGACACAGGUAGUGAAGAUCAGUCCUCAAGCAUCGGUGAGCCACCCAGCAGUCAAAAAGGGAUGUAUGAUGCCUUUUCUGAGGUUUCUGAGAACAGUGAAUCCUGGGAGCCUGGAGGUCAAGAUGGCAGCUCUGAGCUUGGAGAUGCAGAUAGUAAUCUGCCUGCAGUUAACUUUGAAACAGAUUGAACCAGCACUGCCUCCGCGGAAGGAUCUGCUAUUAAACUGGCGAAGACUCUGCAGCUGUGGCUUGGUCUGAAUCUUUGUCGAAGGGCCUGAGGAAACAAUGCCAUAAAGCAAGAUCUUCAUUUCGUAAAGCACUUGGGAGAGGGUGGGAAAUGAGCAGUCAAUGAGACCUUGGUGGGAUUCUGGAGUUUACCAGUCUCCUGCCUGACCUGACAUAGGAGAGGAACCCGGCAUAAUGUUGGCGCAAUCUCUCCCCCCUGGAAUAUGACUGUCUUGUUUUCUGAUGGACAGUUUCUUUCAUACUUCAUAUCCAAAUGGAACCAGCUCUUUACUAUUGCCAGCUGACCUGCACAAGGAUCAUGAAUCUGGGGCAUUGUGCUAAGCAUUCUUGUUUCAUAGAAAUGGACUAUAAUCAGCACAAUACAUUUUUAAUCUUUCAGUGUUUGUUCUCUGAAGGCUGAAUCACUGCAUAUAUUCCCCCUCACAUUUGAGUUUCUAGGUCUAGUUUAUCUGUGUGCGUUUCAAGGAUAACAUCUGAGCAAUAUCCUCAAUCUUAUGCAUAAAACCAGGAGAAUGUGGCUAACCAGAACCAUUCUUCAUUGAAUACCAGGGUGGUGUGUACUACUGAAUAGUAGUAGCUAGCACAGCAGAACCCUUUUAAAACCCUAGAUGAUGGCAUCUAGUAUCAUUCAUUCCUUAAUGUUGAACAGUGUGAAGGAUUUCUUACCAUGGGAGGUCCAUGGGAGAUGUCUGUUAAUCAGAACAUCUACAAUUCAGCCACUUUUAUUGGUGAAUCCAGAAUCUUUUUGAUUGUUCAAAGCAAGCAAUUGCUUUCUUUCCUAAGAAGACUAUGGAGGAAAAUGCAGUCUUAGGCAGCUGUGAUCAGGAAGGCACUUAAUUGGCAGACAGCACAUUUUGAAUACAGUCCCCCUCACACAUCUAGACCAAAACUGCGCUAGAUCCCAUACCUUCAAAGGGGCAGACUUGCCAUUUCCUGCCAUCUUUCCAGCCAUUUCAGAGCUAGGAUGGAAGUUGCUAGUGGCUUUGAGCUAUGCCAAAUGCACAGUGACUCUUACACAUGUAAUGGGUGAGCAUACCCCCCUGCUUACCUGUGUCUUGGCUUCUUAUUGUUUUGAAAAUGAUAUUAUUUAAUUAUUUUAUCUGCAGAAAACUUUUAAUGCACUGUGCUAGCAGGAGAAGUUUAUUUAAAUGGGCAAGCUGAUAGCCCUAAGCAACUGCUUUGUUGGGUGCGGUUGAAGAAGCUUGCUUCCUUAGAACUCAAUAAUCUUUUCCAAAGUAAUGCGGGAGCACAGCCACCUCUUCUGCUUGUAUUGAGCAUUCAUGCUCCAGCCUCUUGCUUGGAUUGGUGUUCAUUGUGUAGCACUUUGGGAGAAAUUUCUUGUUGGUUCUAAAGCACUGCUGCGACUCGGCUCAAUGCGUCUUUUAUCAUGUAGCAAAAGUGUUGCCUUACAACUCCAACGCAAGCCGUUAAUCUCAGGGCUGUGUGUGUUGCACAAUUCUGUAGAAGCACAAAAUGUCGUGCUGGCACAGAAUUCAGUCUUUUUUGGAACUCUGGGUGGAACUGCAUGCAACACAGGAUUCCAGGAUUCUUUUCCCCCUGACUCUUAAAAUUACAGUUUGAAAUGGACGACUGUGUGGGCAGCUGCUACCCCCCCCCCCGCACCAUUUUCCUGCUGAAAACCACUCUUCUUGGGCAGUUUUUACCCCCUUGAAGGGAAAUAUUGCUUUAUGAAGAAUAUAGGUUACCUGGGCAUGGACUCUUUUUUUUAACUGCACAGUUUGCACACACACAGCCCUGGUUUAUAUUAAGGAGCAGUUCAUGUGUUGAAAGAAAAGGCAUAAGGGAUUUGCAUGUCUCAUUCUUCUACUUCUGCUGUAAUGUGAGAAGUGGGAAUUCUGCCCAAAAGCUGUCAUAGUAACAUGGGAAGCUGCCAUAUACUGAGUCAGACCAUAGGUCCAUCUAGCUCAGUAUUGUCAACUCAGACUGGCAGCAGCUUCUCCAUGCUUGCAGGCAGGAAUCUCUCAGCCCUGUCUUGAAGAUGCCAGGGAGGGAACUUGGAAUGCUCUUCCCAAAGUGGCUCCAUCCCCCAAGGGGAAUAUCUUAAUAGUGCUCAUGCAUGUAGUCUCCCAUUCAUAUGCAACCAAGGCAGACCCUGCUUAGCAGAGGGUACAAGUCAUGCUUGCUACCACAAGACCAGCUCUCCUCCUCCUGUCCGGGGCUUUUAGCUCUUUCUGUGAAGGAGACCUACGUACCCUGCUUUUGCUACCCACAAGUGGAAAAAGAGGCCCCACUAGCUUAUGCUGCUUUGAACACAUGAAGCUGCUCUGAAAGAGAGACCCAGAAAAAUAUCUGCUCUCUCACUAUUGGAUUGCUAGUCUUGAUUGCCACAGCCCACUGCUCCUUGAGAGGUAGUCCCACCCCACCCCCACCCCACAGUCGCUCUUGGAGUUGAUGCUAGAGUCUGGAAAAGAUGUCAUACUGAGCAAGUCUGGCUUAUGUUCUGCCAUGGAGGAAAGAGGUUUGGACCUCAAGCACAAUUGAUGUGAGGAAGUGGUUGUAGCUUCAUGCAGUCAUACCUUCAGAGCACAAAUAAGAUAAGUGAGCAGUGCCUUCCCAGGAAUCCGUUGGCCAGCUCCUUUGAAUGGGAACUAAACCAGAGUUCUCCCAGUGAAAGAGGCAGCCCCAUUCCCUUCAAUCGGAUUAGUGCAGGAGCAGUUCUUGGUUGUGUCCUUGCUUUCCCGUGUCUACAUACAUGCAGUUUAUUUCAAUAAUAUGCACAUAUACAGAACAUACAUAGUUUAUGCAUAGUGCCUACAUUAAACAUGUACAUGUACAGAUUGCUGUGUAAUUACAUUGGAAAUCUCACUCAGCUCUCUUGAGGAGAAUAUGGUUUUUGUGUACACCCAAAAGGUAACUUGGAAGUAGCUCUUUUGAGACUUAACCCAAGAAUUGCAGUAUGAAAAGAUUACUGAGGAUGUGAUCCUCUCCAUUCUUGCUUAGAAAGUUCCACUGAUGUCUGAGACACCCAUUUCAGCAUGUAUGGGAUUGGAGUAGCCAAGGUUAGCAGCAGAUUAAACAUUUGUAUUGUUACUUAGACUGCAAACUUUGAGAUCAAGUACUGCUAAUCCCUCCUUUAUGUGGAUGAAAAGUUAAGACAAAAUCAAUUGCUGCCUGCGUUUGUGGCACAGUGAGAUGCUGCUUUAAAGGAUGUUGUAUUUAGCACAUGAUAAAAUGGAGUGUGAGUGUAAUUUAAUGGUUUAGACUGGAACUGUGGUUGCUACAUACAGUAGGGAUGUUCUGCAAAACACCUGUACCCCACCUAAAACAGUGAGACCCUGCAUCUGUACCUGGACUCAGCAUUUACUUUUGGGUGCAUAAAUUCUGACACAUACAAAGCCCAUUAACUUCAGUGGAGUGGGUUGACUCUGUGUGUGCAAAGGCACCGACGGACAGUUAUGCUCAUCUGUUGAACAGAAUGGGGAAGCCUGCUUGCCCAGAAACAUGGUCAUUCAGUGCAUGUGGAUAGGGACCUGGAGUUCAACUCAUGGGUUUGUGCUGACGGAUACCCUGCCUUUUCUUGUAUCUCACUUAAAUUCAUUCAUAAUAUCUUAAUUAGACACGGUCUUUUCAAGAGAGAGAGAGAGCUGAAUAAAAAGUAGGAAGUUACAUUUACUGUAGUCAGUAUCACCUUGCUUAAAAUUCACAGUUUUUGAAACCAAGCUUCAGGAGCAAAGAUGUGGUUGCAGACCAGAUAUUGAUCUCUCCUCAGUGGUUUCAAAGCCACUGUUAAACCUUUCUUGUCACAGGAAGCGUUACCAGAAUUUUGCACAGGUCUUCUAGUAAUACAACUUCUUGAACUGUGUAUAGGAAUUCAAAGUGGUGUUUAAGACAGACCUUGUUUAGGAGAAGGGUUAGUGUGUGUGUAUGUGUGUUCUCAAUUUCUCAUAUGUGCAAGUUUUUAAACUUAUUUUGCCAGGGAUGGAACACUUGGCUAAGGCAACUUAAAAGUUGUUUGCCCCCCACCCCCCCACACAAUGAUUUCUGCACAGAAAUCAGACUAAAUUGCAGCAGGGAAGUCAAAUACUUUUAAGUAGCAAAAAUUCAUAGUAGCAAAAUUCAUCCUUCAUUUCCACCCCCUGAAAGAGAUUUCAGGGUUGUUUUUUGUGAAAUACGGCUGCUUUACAGUUUUAGAUAAAGAUAUAGGUAAAGUAGUUAAUGGCACUUAGAAGCUGGGUUUAUAAAAACAUUAAGGAUAUGUUUGUUUAUAGGCUGCUAAAUUUAAGUUUUCUGACAAUAUUUAUCUGGUUUCUAAUUAUUGCAUCUUGCUCUUGCCCAAAUUUCGCAAGGGCAGGGGAAAGACACUGGGGUAGAAAUCAAAUUAUUUAACCUCUUCAGCCCACUUUGAAAACAAUUUAGAUUAUCUGAAUCCUCUAACUUGAGUUGUGAUUGCUUAAUUUGACACAUUCUGAAUUCAUAUGAUGGUGCUGUGUUACAUGUGUACUUCUUUGCAAAGGAGUUUAUAGCAUACAUGGAUCCCCCCCCACCAAUGCAGCUACCUGUAAGCCUUAAAGCCUGCACGGGUCAGGCUGAGAGUUAACAUGACCCAAGAUCAUCUGUGGUGGCAGGGUCUGAACCCAGCUCUCACUAGUUCUAGUCCAGUAUAUUAUCUACUAAACCACACUAGCUCUGAAUUGAAUUUAACUGACCCGUCCAACAUUAGCAUGCUUGAAUCAAAAUCUGUUGCCUGCAUUGUGUCCUCACAUAAACUUAAGGCUAGUUUGAAAUUGCAGGAGUAAUGCUACUCUUGGUGCAGCUCUUUGUGUAAACAAGGGCUUGCUUACUGGCCCACACUAUUUCUCAAGCUGUGAGACCAGGCGGUGCUCAGUAGAUACUUUGGCUUGACAAUGUCACUCCAUAUGGCCAUCUGAUCAAAUCAAUCUUAACAUGAUGGCAUCACUAUAUAGCAAGUGGCAUAUGAACUCUUUUUCAGUUUAGAACUGUGCCAGAGAUAUCAGAAAAAUGCAGAACUGGAGAUGCCACUUGAAACCUCUUUAAAAACUACCCCACACAAGUUUUCCUUUCUCUGAAUAAGCAGGAACAUGGCAGAUGAAAUGUGGGGAUAUGCAGAAUUCUGAACCAGAAUUCGAAGUGUUUUUAGAUCACAAGAGAUUGGAGGAUGUUCAGCUGCAGGCACACACUGUCUCUUCGCAUGGUAUUUAUUAGUCAUACUUGCAUCUUAAUUUCAUCCGCUUCUAUUUCCUAGUUACGUGGCUUCUUUUCUUUUUAAAUUGCAAGCCAGUUGGACCAUCCUUUGGAAUAGGAACAGCACAUUGUAAAACACUUUUAACAGUGGGCUGGUGCACGUGGGCUUCCUAACAUGGCUUGCAAAGGAAUCUGCAGAUUUCCUUUUGUGAGGGGUCUAACCUUUACAGUCUGUUAGGAGCUUCUCUGGUGGUCUCCUUUUGAAUUGAAUGAGAGGUGUGCUUCCUCUCACUGGGGUUAGCACAGACGGUUUCUGGUGGAUUGCAACUCACAUCAAGGGCGGCUUUAUGUCUGUGUCUGCAUACACAGGGGAGUGUGUUUUGUUAACUACCAAUGCUGGAGUUUAGCUCCUUGACAAACGCAUGGAAUCCCAAAACCAGCUUUGAAAUGCAUGAGGCCAUCAAGAACUGGAUUCACGUGUUUAUGACUGGUAGAAUGCAUGUGUAUUUAGAAAGCAUCUCCUUUUGACUGUGGAAAUACAGCUUACAUGACACAUUAUGAAAAAGAUGAGGUUGCAGAACCUAUCCAUGGUGCACAUCAUUAUGUUCAAGAGAGGCAGGCAUAUGACAUACUUGGGUGACGUUAGGGAGUUUGUAGUGGGAAAGCCCAAUGGAUAUGCUGCAAAUUUGUAGGUUUUGAAUUGUGCAAAGCUGCUCCCAGGUGCCUCAAAUGCAAGAAGGCAAACAAAGCAAAUGAAGCAAGAAUCCUGCGGUUACUGGUUCAACCAGAAAAAAUGUACAUAAAUCCAAGGGCUCCCUUUUCAAUCUGACAUGUUUCUCAUUUAUGGAUGUUUCAACAAUGAUGGAAGGGUGGUAUUCCUCAUGCUGCUGAACAGGAAGGACAUGUUCUUACAAAAGAGUUACCUACCAUAAGUACUUUUCUCAAGUGAUGUUUCCCAAGAAUCUGCUCAAAAGCAAGAAUGGUUUAACUUAGUCUGAAUCUCUCCCCAAACCUCUGUAGAACAGUGUAUUCCACCCCCCUGCCCCGCCCCGGCUGAGAAGGUUUUCCCUGUGAAAAGUUCAGACAUAAUUUUACCUGCCUGGAGCAAAGACAUUUGCACAUGCUCUAGGAUAAUAUUUCUAAUGCUGUCUUCAAAAUGUGUUUAUUAUGGGUCUGCUGUUCUUCAUCCUAUGUAAAAUUGUCCUGCAGAGCACUUUUGGCUUUCUAAGCUGAUGGGAAACCUGGAUACCUUUUUAGAACUUUGAUAUCUCUGCAAAGCCACUGAAACAUAACUGCAAAAGAACCCUUAGAAAUAAGGGUGGCCUUAGCAGCAGAUGAGUACACCGAGCCUCUGAUGCAACGGUCCAUUGGAUAGGGUUCCAUUUUUGUAUCUCUCUUGGUAGGGCUGAUUUAUGAAAAAUGUGAAGAAAACUGGGUUCUUUUUGUACUUUUGGUAAAAACGUUUUGAAGAGGAAAAGAGCUGAAACUGUCUGUGCGGGUGGAUGUGAGCUCAUUCAUCCAGAAAGAGCUGAUAUGUCACUCACUUUUUUUUCCUCCCAGCAAUGCCACUUCUGCGAAGUGAACUGCAAGUUUCCCUUCAUUUUGUAUAUGUGGCUUUGAGGGUGGGAAUAGCUUGCUUGUACAGAUUGGUGAAAUGAGACCUUUUUGGUUGUUCCUAAAUAAACAAGGCCAAAAACCA